CCGCGAGAGGACAUUGCGCGAAAUACGGAAGUAGGUGUAGAGGACCACGUGAAAAAAAGAGUGUGUUUGUGUGUGUUUUUCUGUCUGUUUUUUUUUUUUUUGGAAUGAAGAUGAAGCAAACAAAAAGAGAAAGCGAAGAGGAUUUCGAUGUGGAUCAGGAUGUUUUAGAUCGGAUUCUGAACAAACUGUACGAUUUUGGAGAUGGACCAGACGACAAGCCGUCAAAGAAAAAGUAUAAAAAGAGGAAACGGAUGAAGCAGGAAGAGGACGAGGAGGACGUGACGGUGCAGGAGCAGAAUUUCGAUAAGCUCGAUUAUGAAACAGACGACGCAAACGUGAGUCAUGUGACCGACGCCGCCGGCGAUGAAGGAAUCUCUGCCUCGACGUCGGCCGACUCCGAGCGUUUAGAAAGAAAAGCGCCGGGUGUGGAGAUCGUUACGUUUCAGGAUGCACUGAAGAAGAAUAAAUUAAAACGAGCUCUCGAACCUGAAACCAAACCAGCUGAAGAGAAGGAGAGAAAGAAAAAGGAACCGGAACAUGCUCUAAGCAUGGAAAAGGCUCGGCUGGACGUCCACCGGUUCGGCAUCACGGGAUUCCAGAAGCAACAGCAAAGAGUUUUCGAGCAGGACAGAGCCAUCAUGCUGGGAGCCAGGCCACCAAAGAAGGACUACAUCAAUUAUAAAGUGUACCAGCAAAUGAUAAAGGAGAAAAAAUCGAAAGAAAAGGAGGAGGAGGACAAAUCGGACACGCAGAAAAAGAAGAAGAAAUCAUCUGGGAAGCAAAAGAAUGUGAAACGCAAAUCCGGUUCCUCCGGCGCAGAACCGACGGGACACGUGGGCCGCUUCAAGAACGGCAUGCUGGUCCUGAGCUCGAAGGACAUGCAGAAACUAAACAGCAAAGUGAGAAAGUGAACGAGCGAGAGAGAGAGAGAGAGAGAGAGAGAGAGAGGAAUUUUGCUGCUUCAGCAGGACUGAGCCGAAUCUGCACCACUGCGAACUUCACCUGUAAUCGAAAUACAUGAUGCGCAGUGCAUUAUGGGUAGAAGUGAACGAUAUGCCAAGAAAUAUCACAAUACUUGAUGUAAACCCACUGAUACUUGAUGAUGUCAUAUCACGAUAUUGCGAUAUGAUCACGUUGCCCGGCGUUAAUUACGGGAGUUUAAAGUGAGUGGAAAUUGUUGUUGUGUUUUCUGUGUGAGCAUAAAGAAUGAAACAAAAUGAAACCCAGACCCGCGCUUCGGUCAUCACAGUUUUACUCAUUUAUGAAAAAGAGAGAGAAAAGACAACGCUUUUGUAUUACACGCUAUAAUUACAAUGCAGUCGUAAUGCGAUAUACAGACCACACGAAGGUACAAAACGUUCACAUUGGCAGGAGAAGGAGUGAAACCAAGAGUAGAAAAACAAACAAAAUAAAGGAAUCACAGCACAUCAUCUAAAACACAGGCUCUUAAUUCACUCGGGGGUUCAGCACGGUUCGGUCGAGAUUAACUUCGUUUGUGGCGUGUUACAGGAAGGGGGUGUGUUUUGAUCAGUUUUGGAGGAAAAUAUAUAUAUAUAUAUAUAUAUAUUUUUUUUUUUUUUUUUUUUU